AAUGGAAGUUUAAGGCGAAGCAUUUUGUCAGCUCCACUUAAAUAAUCUUGACAACCUUUAAUAUCGAAUCGGAAGGCACAGCCACAAACAUCAAAGGAAGCUAUCGAUGAAAGCACAACGAAUAUAUUUUCUACGAAUUAAAUGAUUACGAGUCUGCUUAGGAGAAGUCUAUGGAGAGAAAAGAGAGACACGUCCAAGGUCGCAGCAUAGUACUCGAACGACAGGAACGCGUCUCGAUUGAGGGACGCCAAAGGAUCUACAUCAAGAACAACCCGGCGCAGGUGAGGGAACUCUACCGACAUCCAUCGGUCGGAGUUCCCGGUUCCGCCUCCGAACGGCCAAAGUUGCAGCGCUCGUCCUCCUCGUUGGGCCUAGAGAAAAUCCAGCGAACCCGCCAGCAGGUGAAUAGCCUGUACCGGAAGAUCGAACAUGAGAUAGAAAGGUUGAAACACUUCCGCAACUACUUCCUCAAAAGCAAGGAGACCAGUAGCAAAUCCGGAAGCCCGGAGAUGGCAAGCGCUAGGGGCAUGACUUGGGGGCAGAGUUUUGAGGCCAAUCAAGCGAGAGUCAGUCCCUUAGGCGCUAAUAGAAGUCCGGUUUCUGGUUCCAAAGACGUGUUUUCGGGGUCCCGCAAACCAGAAAGCAAGGGACCCAAAUGCCGCACCAUUGCAGUGAAGUCUUCGCCAGCAAUUGAUCCCCCGGAACUCUCCCGAAGAGCCAGUGGUGGAUGCUGUUACUGUUGCGGAAACUGCGAACAGAACCAUCGUACUACGUAUCAAAACAGCUACGGUAAUGGCACCUCUCAUUGCAAUUGCUCCUGUAACUGCAAUAUGGGACAACAGCAACACUUCUCCGGCUGCAGUGGUUUCUAUGGCCAGACUUCACCCAAUCAAGGUAUGCAGUUUGGGAUACCUUACUGCAUAUGUCCACGGCAAACCUGCCAACGAACGGUCACAGAUCUGAACACCCAGGAAACCUGUCGACAUUUGUGCUCCAACCUUUUGCCGGAUCGUGCUUUAUCACCCAAAAAUCAAGGUAAGCAAAGGGAGUCUUUAUCCCGAACUAAGUCCCGGGAGGAAAAGAGUCCAGACAGAUGUAAAAAAUCCACAACCAACAAGAAACUGGAAAUGAAGAUCAGAGCUGGUGGUACCACCAUUGAUUCCGCCUCAUUGGACCAACACAAGGUGCAGAGUCAUAAAAAGUUACUGAAUGUCAACCUGAAGAAGGAGCAAAAAACUUCAGAGGAUCGCCGGCAAGGAAAGCCUAAAGCGAAAACCGAAAAUGUUCUCGUCAGUGAUUUUGUGUCUUUAAAGGAUGCCAGUGGUGCAGCUGCUCCAUCAAAGAUGUGCAGCGAUGAGAAAACGGAUGACACUAAGGACCGAAUGUACCAGGAUUAUUUUAAUCUGUACGAUCAGGAGAAUUCUAAGAGUGAGCUCGGUGGAUGGUCAGGUGUGGAGGCAAAUCCCACCUACACAAGAAUGUUACUUAAAGAAGAGAUCAAGACGGAAGUGGACCAACAACCUGUUAAAAAACAGUGUGAGGACCAGAUUGGGGCAAUGAACAGCUCGCAGGAAGAUACAAAAGUUCAAGGAUCUAUUGAAGAUAUCUGCUGUUGCGACGUUGAUCAGAAUAAAAUGGAAGAUCACAGUAGUACUGAUGAACAGCUAAUAUCUAUAAAAAAUCUCUGCUGCUGCGAAGAAUUCAAUGAAGAAAGUACUCGUCAGAAUGAACAGGAAUCUGUAACCGACAAUAAAAUGGGUGAUCAUCACCAAUUGACUGACGAGGUAUUACCCACGUCUUCUCCUAAAACUGAAGAUUGUCAUUACUAUGAAGAGAAAAAUCCAGGUCCGGCAAUCGAAGAUGGUGGCUACGAGGACAGGAGCUACCGAUCUCGGAAAGAUGUUGGAACCAACUACGGUUAUUCAAAGCCAAAGGAAGCUGAUAACCGGUACUUGAACGAUUCCAGAUCGGUUGCUCCCUGGAAUUACACCAAUCCCGUAAAAUCCGAUGACAACAGAUACUUGCAUAAAACUAGAAGUGCCUCAAAGGCGAGUCGCAUCAUGUAUCCCCAGCAAUUUAAAUCCUUGAGGAAUAAGGAUAAAGACUGUAAGGUCGUAAAACAGGUAAGGCGGGAAGUCUCAACAGAGCGAAUCUUUGUGCAAAAUAUUCCGAAGGAUGUUAGCCAAUUAAAAACUCACCCUUUUCAGCGGUCAGAAUCUCCCCAGUGCAUUCAAAGCACUAGUUAUGCAUCGUAUGCUCCUCGAAUUCGGGGAAGUCCUCCAGAGAGACAUGUCCAAAGAGAAGCGAGGAACACCCAGACCGAUAUUCCAUGUCGGGAGGAAAGACGUACACAGACAGAGGCGCAAGCCAGGUGCGAGAAAUCAUUGCAAGUGUGCCUGGAACAGCAACAUCACCCCAAACAGAUCGAUUUAGCUCCGGAUCCACCACUUCCAACUCCAUCUCGAGCCAAGUAUACCCCUUUACACCAUGCAAGUGAAAGUUUCGAAACUAUAGCUCAAAAUCAAUAUUACGAUAAUCGAUCGAGGCAUAGCGAUAAACCUUACAACGAAGAACAUAAUGAUACAUAUAAUUUGCAAAGCAGAUCUCAUAAUUCCAAAGACGAAUCUGCGAUGAACUAUCCCGAUAGAAUGCAACGUUCUCCCAGGACUCAAAACGAGCUGAGAAAGGAUGCCAAUUAUAGGUUAGGAUAUGGCAAUGCCUAUGAAAUAAGUGAGCGAGGGGCGUUGGCUUGCAGGCAAGAGCAUCUAAAUGAACAUUCUUAUAGAACACCAAUAAAAACACAAAAAGCGCAAAAAGAUUCACCGCGUCCAUUUUAUAAACAGUCUAAUCCAAGAGAGCUUCAAAAUUCCGAAUUAAGGCAGUACAGUCCCAGGACACCGAAAGAGUCUUAUAAUCCAGUUAGUCAAAGAGCUUUGAAAAUGAAUGAAUGCUAUGAUUACAUAUCACCACCAGCUGUCGCAGAUUUUCGAAGUACAAGUCCCAACAGAAACCAUUCUCUCAAUUACAAGUCUUCGAGUUCAUGUUCUAUUGAAGAUCCCAACGAAUCCGAUCGUAAUCAGUGCUCCGAAUGGCAGGAAGCCUACGAAUCCCAGCGGAAAAUUCAAAGCAUGCGUAGAAAUGCUGAGUUUUUCAGGGAUCCCAACACUGAAUACACAAGUUUUCCCGAUCAAAUUCAGACGAGAUGGGUAGAGACUCCAAUUGAGUACGAGGAGCAGCGGUUGGAUAGUCCUCGUAAGGUUUGUGAUCAGCUUUCCCCAAGGUCGUGCAUGUCUUCUUCCCCGAGACGCCAUCCACGCAUUGAGGAGGGAGAAGUUCCUGUUUUGGAGACUAUCUGCGACAAGCGCACUCGGACAGUUACCUUUGAAGACGAAUGUGGGGAUCUGACUAAGGAGGAGCUUGUGCAGGAAACCUGUCACAGUCUUAUCGAUUGGAAGCGGGCCCUCAAGUAUCACAUGGUAGAGCAGGGCAAUGAGACGGACAACACGGAUGAAAACUACACUUGCAGAUCUAGCAGUUCGGCAGAGCACACGUGCAACGAGUCCAACUACAAUGAUGACUACGCCAGUUGCGAGGAGCAGCUUCCCAAGAACGACUACAUGCGGGUUCCGCCAUUCGAUGCCUGUCCCUGCAUGUACAAGACCUAUACAAACCUGGCUGCCAUGUGCCAGAAAUAAGGUCGCUUCUUUCAAUAAGAGUCCUUCGCCAGAGAUUGUCCCGUCCUGCGUUUCAACACAUUUUUAUUCAAUUUGCCAAUUUUUCAUAUAUUUUUACAAUUUAGAUAUUCCGGUCAAACAUUAAAUUUGAGUAAACAUAUAACAAGCAAUAGUUAUGCAAAUACAAA